UUUCUUCGGUUUCGGGAUCCAUUUAACUUUUACAUCUCAGUGAAGCAGGGGGUCAACGAAGGGAAAGGGCCGGAACUCGACAUUUAAAAAAAAAAUUCACGGCCAGAAUUACUUGAAUGUUUGGAUCACCACCAAGAAAACUACACAUGUGUUUGAAAUUUAAGGGCUUGGUGAGAGAUGAGAGAUGAUGACACCGAUAAUGUGAGAUGCAUUGUGCUCUUCUGAUCUAUAUCCCUUAGUGGAAAGAUCUACAAAUCAAUAAAGAAGACUGCACCCAAAAUCAGAACCCAUUGCUGGACCUUCUACAAAAUGAGUGCCUGUUUCAUGUUUUUAAGACAUUUUGCCAGGCAAUCUGUUGUGCCAUUUGUCCAUCAUAAGAAAGGAGCAAGUUUAUAUAAGAAAGGAGCAAGUUUAUAUUUUACCAUUCUACAUAGACACCUGUCUUCUAGAACACCUUUUUUGUUUUAUCCUAAUAAGGAGAAUGUCCCACCUAGUGAGAAGAUAGAUUUGGAUGAGUGGAAAAAUACAAUGAAAUCUAGUUUACCAGAAGAAAGAAGUAGUUUAACAACUUCCGAGGAUACUCUAACAAUGACAAGAGAGUGGAUUGAGAUGUGUAGAAUGCUUAACAGAGAAGUGCCAGAACAUAUUAGUGAUGAAGAUCUCAAAAUGAUCGCAGAAUGUCCCAGCAAAAAGUCCAAAAAGAAAAAGCUCAAAUUUUUGUAUAUCAAGGAAAAGCAUAAAAAGGCUAGGCAAGAAAAACAGGCAAGGAAGAGAGCAGAAAAGGAAGAAACUAAAAAGCAAAAACAACUUGAAAAUGAUGAAGAAACUGAAAAUAGAGAGCUGAAGAAUUCUUUUCUCUUGCCACUUCAGGAUAGAGCUUUUAAAACUGAAUGGGAUUGGAGAAAUGCCCAAGCAAUGAUAUUUGGCCAGCCUUUAGUUUUUGACAUGGCUUAUGAAAAUUUCAUGCCUGAAAGAGAUUUGAAGAACACUGUGUGCCAACUCUUAGAAAGUGAAGGAGCCAAUCGAAAAGAUAUAGAUCCAUUCCAUAUAUAUUUUUGCAAUCUCAGAGUUGACAGUGUUUACCACAAAGAAUUACUUAAUCGUUAUAAAGAGAAAUGGAACACAUUGUUUUUGACAGCAACUGAAAAGUCACAUGUAGAUAUAUUCCCAAAAGAAAGUCUUAUCUAUUUAACUGCUGAUUCUCCCAAUGUUAUGACUACUUUUAGACAUGACAAAAUUUAUAUAAUUGGAUCUUUUGUUGAUAAGUGUUCUCAGCCCCGAGUAUCCUAUGCAAAUGCAAAACGACUGAAUAUAGCAAGUGAACGUCUUCCAUUGGAUCGAUAUCUUCAGUGGGAAAUUGGAAGUAAAAAUCUCACCUUAGACCAAAUGAUGCGUAUAUUAUUAACUCUUAAGAAUACUGGUGAUUGGGAAAAGGCACUGAAGUUUGUUCCAAGGAGAAAGCAUAGUGGCUUUCAUACAAAUUCCAUUAAUUCCAAGAAUUUUGUCAAGGGUUCACAGAAACAUAAGUUAGAAAUUAAAAAAUCCUUUCGGAAAUUGUCUUUAAAUUCACAGAACAGGGGAAUGUGGUGGAAGGAUGAGUAAUAUAAUUGUACAAUCAGUUUUAGAAUGUUUAAAUGAUUGUCAUUAAUUUGAACUGUUGUAUUUUUCGUUAUAUUGCUGCUUGGGACUUAGGUAUUCAUCUCUUUAAGAUCUCACUUCCAUAUUACAGGUGUGUCACUUAUUCUGUUAACUUACUUUUUAGGACUCCAAUCUCCUGGAAAAUGUUUUAGAGAGCUUAGUAAAACUAAACUACUGUUAAUUAUAUAUAGAACAAUAAAUUGUUAACAUUCAUUAUUAAAUGUCUUUUAGAUGA